UGCCGGGUAUGGGGCACCCACAGUCCGGCGCACUCCUCAACCUGGACGCCUGCCGGGCAUGAGGCCGCCGCAGCCACCUGCCAACAAUCCAUCUUUAGUGUUGUACUGCUGCAUUUACCUUUGCCGGGUCUAGCUGCCGUCGACGCCACCACGACGCCAGACAACGCCACCAUCCUGCGCUCGUCCAUCAUCACACGCCCACCGACGAGACCCCGCUGCUCCAUGCCGCUGAGACCCGCCGUUGUUGACGUGUCAGAUACCACGCCGCUCCUCCUCUUGUCCCCUCCAGCCAACACUUGCUCCAAAAUGAUGCCCCCGGGAGGGAGAACGACAUCGAAACAUCGCCAUCGUCCGAUCCAGUAGAUCCAGAUCUAGGGUUUCCCCCGAAACCUUCCGAUCAGGUUGACGUGACCUGCAAUGACGAUGCCUCGAGAAGGGAACGACGUCCGAGAUGCCGCCAUCGUCCGCCAUGACUACAGUCAGGCGCGAUUUUCACCGGAGGCCACAUCGUCCCGAUCUCACGAUUGGCUGGAACCGAGCGGUGCCCGCCGCCGAACCGGUGACGCCGCCGCCGAUCCGGUCACGCCACCGCCAUGUGACGCCUCCGAUGGAGAUCCCGAUCUAGAUCGAAGACGACCUUGACCGAAACUCCGCCACCAGCGCGGCCACACCGCGCCACUUCCUCCUAGCCCAGUCGCUGUCGGAUCCAGCGGUCCCCGCCUCCGGGAGACCAACCGGACGAGGCGCCCCUUAUCCCCGAACAGCCAACCUGCGCCGCCGCCACGAGGACCAGAGGAAGGAGGGAGUGCCUCGCCGCCGCCCGUGCCGCACGAGCUUCGCCCGGCAGGCGCACUCCGGCGGCGGCGAGGGGAUGGAGAUGUUGAUGAGCGGGAGUCGCUGACGGCCAAUCUGGAUCUCCCGAGACGCGCACACGGGGCGCGUCGCGGGAGCUUGUUUCUCAGCUUUCUUUGGUUCAUGCUUGAUGGUUGUAGGUCGCUGGUGUUUUGCCAUGGAUGGUCCCUUUAUUGAUUUGUUUGUGAUGCUUGCUUAACUGUGUCCCUUUGUGCUCAAGGUGUUAGCUGAAACAUGUUUCUGGUUGAUGUGCGUGCUAACCUCCUGGUAAAACUACACUCACACUUAUUUUAGAUUAUCAUAAUAUAACUUCUAGAAAGGAUUUUCAGAUAUAUUUUUAGAAAUACGAUGGCUUAUCUUUUAGCUUGAUUUACAUGCCCAAUUGUUAGGUUUGUCAUUAUUUUAUAUCUUCAGAAGCUGAAUUUCAAAAAAUUCUUAUUGAAAUCUUUUCUAGGGGGAAAGUAUUAAGAAUGACUCGUUUUUACUUUCAGUUUGUUGUUCUCUUCUUUUCUUCUCACUUCUUAUUAUAUGAGAAGUCAUCUUAGAAUACUCAACAAACAUGAACAAAUAAGUGAGACUUUUCAAAUGCAACAAAAUAAUGAAUAUAUUAUAUUAUAUUUUUGUCAUCAUUAUUAUUAUUAGUGUUUUAUCAUUUUGGGACUUUUAUUCUUUACUACCCGUUCUAAUUUUGAGUCUUUUAUUUUGUUAAGUCUUUCAUUAAUCUUAAUCUUUUUUUAUUUGGGUUGUUAUUAGCUAUGGCGUUGCACUUUAGGCCCACUCCAGCAAUGGCCCACUUGAGUCAACUUAGUAAAAGACCUAAGUCAGCACCCUCUUAUUUCACACCCACCCCGUAUACACUUCCCCCUCAACCAGCCGUCGCCGCCCCUCGCCGGCAGCAAGAAUGGGCAGCCACCACCAUGUCAGCCAAGGUGCGCAACCAGCCUUGCAACUGGCACGCUGUUUGCCAUCUGCUUCCAACCGCGUUUUCUUCUUGUAGCGACCGUCCCUUGCAAUGUGAGAUUGGAGUUCAACGAGCUCAUUACCGGAGACACUGUGAUCUUCGACGCUCUGGGGGGCUCUACACUAUGGAGGCCGAGAAGGGACGAAAGAUAUCCCAGAUUGGAGGAGAUGAAUGGGAUUGUUUCAUCGCCUACAUGCAUCUCACUGGGAGUGAAUUGAUCAGUUUCUUCCUUAGUAGACAAAUUCCAAUGAUGUCUGUUAUCUACGUCAACUCGGAGGACGAAGAUGAUGAGGACCCAUUUGGCAAAGCCCUCAAUACCCAAAGAAUGAGGCUGAGCGAGGACGAGUCAGGCAGCCUCUGGCACAUACUUCCUCCACGUGAUGACUAUGUCGAGAUGCCAUUCGUGACCCGCCUAACAAGGACGAAUGUUAACCGCCAUGUCAUGGUAUGUUACUUUGUGUAGUAAUUUGAUAUGCUUAGUAAUGUGAGAUGCUUAGUGUAGUAAUAAUAUGAUUAUAUAUGCUUACUUAGUGUAGUAAUGUGUGAUGCAUCAUAUGCUUAGUGUAGUAAUUUUUUUUG